AUGAAUGACUGUGGAAUUUCUGAUUUGGGUUACUUUGGAAGCAACUUUACUUGGUGUAAUGAAAGAAAGAACAAUGAUGUUAUAUGGAAAAGAUUGGUCAGGGUAUUGGCUAAUGAUGACUGGACUAAUUUGUUUUAUAAAACUACUGUUCAACACCUGCCUAGGAUUAGCUCUGAUCACUGUCCUAUUCUAAUUUCUGCCUGUAAAGAGGACAAUAAUUUUGUUAAAUACUUUAGAUUCCUUAAUUUAUGGGUAGAUCAGGCUGGUUUCUAUGAUCUGGUGAAACUGCAUUGGAAUUCUGAGAUUACGGGUAAUAUUUUUUGGGUGGUUCACCAGAAACUCAAACUUGUUAGUAAAGCUCUCAGUGAGUGGUCAAGAUCUCAGGUUGGAGACAUUUUCCUGAAACUUCAGCUUAUGGAGGAAAAUGCUUCUCACUGUGAAGAAACUUGGAUGAAUUCGCUGGAUCAUAAUGACAGAAUGGCUCUUAACAAAGCCAAGGCAGAACUUGUAUUGCAACAUAAAAUUGUUGACAACUUUUGGAGACAAAAGGCUAGCAUCCAGUAG